GUCGCCCGAUCAUCCACCACCUUCCUCCACCCUUUACCCUAAAUCCGAUCUCCUCGCAAUCGCCAUGGUGUUCAAGGAAGCGAGCUCCUCCUCCCACGCCCUCCCAAUAUUCUCUAGCGAUCCAUCGGCUCCUCUUCUCGGAUGCCACUCCGGCAGUCACCUCUCUUCUCAACCCAAAACCUUCGCCAAUGUCUUCAUCGCCAUCGUAGGCGCUGGCGUCCUCGGCCUCCCCUACGCCUUCAAGCGCACUGGAUGGGCCGCUGGAACCCUAAUGCUUUUCGCCGUCGGAGCCCUCACGUAUCACUGCAUGAUGCUUCUCGCACGCACCCGUCGCCGACUUGAGGGUGAAAUCGGAUUCUCCAAGAUCGCCUCCUUCGGAGAUCUCGGGCUUGCUGUUGCUGGUCGUGCAGGCCGCCUCGCCGUAGAUCUGAUGAUCGUUUUGAGCCAAGCCAGCUUCUGCAUCGGGUACCUUAUCUUCAUUUCCAACACCCUUACCCACAUCCUCCCUCAAAAACCUAACAAACUACUUUCCAUCGCCGCUUUGCUGCCAUUCCAACUCGCCCUCAACUCAAUUCGAAGCCUGACUCUCCUCGCCCCCCUCAGCAUCUUCGCCGACAUAGUCGAUAUCGCCGCCAUGGUGAUCGUCCUCGGCGUGGAUAUCACCACCUUCGCUGAACGCCGGCCCGAUCUGAUUUCCUUCGGCGGGCCAUCCGUUAUCUUCUACGGCCUAGGCGUCGCUGUUUAUGCCUUUGAGGGGAUCGGCAUGGUGCUUCCACUUGAAUCAGAAGCAGCUGAUAAGUCUAAGUUCGGGCGAACCCUAGGUCUCUCGAUGGCCUUUAUCUCCGCCCUCUACGCCUCCUUCGGAGCUUUUGGGUAUGCUGCCUUCGGCGAUGAGACAAGCGACAUCAUCACCACAAACCUGGGUCAUGGCGUGAUUCCCAUAGCCGUCCAGAUCGGGCUCUGCAUCAAUCUGUUCUUCACCCUUCCGAUCAUGAUGAAUCCGGUGUACGAGGUGGCGGAGCGGUGGGCCUGCGGUAAGCAGUUCUGUAUAUGGCUGAGAUGGGGUUUGGUGUUGUCGGUGAGCUUGGUGACUUUGCUUGUACCCAAUUUCACCGAUUUCCUAUCUCUGGUGGGGAGCAGCGUUUGUUGCAUCCUAGGGUUUGUUCUUCCGGCCGCUUUUCAUCUCAAAGUUUUUGGGUCGGAGAUGAGUUGGAUUGCGGUGGUUUCCGACGCGGCGAUCAUCGUGAUCGGCGUCUUCUUCACGGUCUCCGGUACUUAUUCUACGGUGAUGGAGAUUCUCUUCUCGGAGAAGGUGUAAG